UAUUCUUUUUGGUUAUGAAGAACAGUGAAAAUUCAAAAUGAAUUAAAGUUUAGAAUAUUUUCUUGAUUUAAAAAGAUACUAAAACGAUAUACAUAUAUAUAUUUUAUUCACUAGACUUUGCUGUUUAUGUUGGCUGCAUUUUUAUUUCGAAUCAUUUAUCACAUAAUUUGUUUGAAAUAAGUUUCCAGUGCAGUAAAAGUAUUUUAAGCAAAAACCAUUGCAAGAAAUAGUAUAAAUUAAAAAAUAAAUAAAACAGAGGGAUUUUAUAAAACAUUUUUUGAAAGUUUUAAAUUAAUUGCAAGAUAAUAUUGAUAAUUUACUAAUUAUAACAUAUAUGUGUGAAAAUUAAUGAAUAUAACGAAUGUGUAUAAAUUACAAUUGUUAAUUUAAACUGAAAUAUGUUUUGCGGUAAUGAGGAUGAAUUUGAACCGAGAAUAACACCAAGACCUGCAUCUAAACUUGAUUGUUUUGCAGUACCAUGUGUGCCUGAAGUUUCUUUAAUAUUUGACAAACCUGUAAGUUGUAAGAGUACAGAACGUGCACAUUUUUGUUCACCAUCUGAGGAAUCUAAAGAUUUAAGAAGUAAAAGUAGUCAUUCCUCUCCAUUAAAUGUUAAUGGAUCAUAUGCAGCAUGGAAAGAACAGAACUAUUUAAGGAAACCACUAUCUUCUAAAGUUAAUGAUUGUAUAGCUCCUUUAAAAGAACAGUCUAAUCAAAAUUAUAUUUUACACUCAUAUUUAACAGAAGGUAAUAUUACAAAUACUUUAAAUGAAUCUAAACGAAAGAACUAUGCUUUAAGGGAAGAUAUUUAUAAUUCUUCACACUGCAAGCAAAAAUCAAGUAGAGAAAACAAUGAUUCUCCUCGUAAAUAUAAUUAUGAAAGGUCUGAAAGUAAUACAUUGCAUACUGAUAAAGAACAAAAUACAAAGAUACAAUGUAACGAUAAAAUAAGACAUAUAGAUUCUCUGUCUGCUAUAUCACAAGCUAUUAAACCUUGUAUAAAUGCUGAUAAUCACAAAGUUAAAGAAGAUGAAUAUUCUCCAUUAUUAUAUGAGAGACAAUUAGCAGCUCAUAAUUCUAACCAACAGAAAGUAUAUAAUGAUUCAGUUCCUGAAUCAAAUGUACAAAAUGUACCUACUAAUCCAGGUACAUUGCAACGAAAUGAACUCCAAUUACCACAUUAUUUAGGACAACAAUAUCCUUAUUUUAACAUGAAUGCAUAUCCAUUUCCUCAACUCCAUCCUUAUCCUACUAACAAUACAGAUAAUCAAGAAACAGUAAAGAAUUUAUUACAAAUUAUAAAUAGUCAAAAUGAGCAAAUUAAAUCUUUACAGAUACAAGUGGAUAGAUUGUUAAAAAUACAAGAAGAAAAUUUAAAAGAAAGAAAAAAAUGCUCUUGUUCCUUUCAAUUACAGACACAAAGUGAUCAAUUUCAUACAAACUCUAAUAAUGUUUUAGGUACUUCUAAUUAUGUUACUGUGCCUGAAAACACAAAAAGAAGUGUCUAUCGGAGAGAUUCUCCUCAAGAUAGGAAAAAAGAGAAUUGUAACAAAAAUGAAAAUAUAAGUCAAAAUGAAUUGAUAUUAACAGAUGCACAAUCAAAAAAAGCAUUUAUGCAACAGAAAGUUUCAAUUGGUGUAAUGACAAGUUUUGAAUUCACUGUACAAAAUAAUCCUUUUACAAUGGAUAUUGAAAAUUAUGAAAAAAAAGAUGGUCAACAAAAGCAAGAAAAUUUAAAGAUGUGUAACAGUGUUGGUUCUCAUGAUACUAAUGAAUCAUUAAGAAGAUAUAAAAACUCCUUUACUCGAAUGCCUAGUGCACAAUUAGAAAACAUAGUUGAAGACUCAGAGAGUUACAUGUCAUCUAGUCAACAACAAAGUAGUAACUUAAAUGCAACUACUUCUACAAAGGAUUUAGAGAAACAAGCUUAUGUAGAUAUUCGAAGAGAAACAGAUACUCAUAGAUCUGAAUCUCCAAAAUUAUGUAAAGAUGAAACAGCAAAAUCAGAUGAAACUGAAAAUAGAAUAAAAAAACAUUUAGAAAACUGUACAGUGAGAACAAGAAAUUACGAAAAUAUAAAAACACCAAUGAUUCAAAGAAAUCAUGUAUGUGCGGGAACUGUAGGUACUGUAGGUACUGAAUAUACUGCCCAAAAAAAUAAAAAAUUUAUAGCAAAUACCUUUACUAAUGUAGAUCAAGAUAAGGAAGCAAAUAUACAACGAGAUAAUAGUUCUGUAAAAACAAAUAAUUUUGUAAAUAAUUCUCAUUAUCACAAUGAUUAUCAACAAGAAGGGCAGCCUUUUGGAUUGAAGCAAAAUUCAAAUUGCAUUGAAGACAGUCUAAUUUUAAACAGUGAUGAUUUGAAAAUAAAUGAAAGGCCACUUAGUCCAGAACCUAGUAUCCAUGUUGAAAUGCAGGAGUAUUCUAGUGAUGAUGAUAGUGAAAAUAUUAAACGAAGUUCAAAAGUGGGCUGGACAUUUUACAAUGAUGUUCUUGGACAAGUAAAUCAAUUAUUACAGAACUCUUGUAUCAUAGAUGAUCAACAACAAAAACAAACAAAAGUAAAUCAAAAUGAACGAGAUGAAACUGAUAAUAGAGCAGUAUUAGAUACUGUAAAAGUAGCUACAUUACAGCAACUUAAAAAAUUUGGAAUUAGUUUAAGUGAAAAUUCAGAAGCUAAAGAAUUGAACAACAGCAACAAAAUGGCAUUUGACUUACCAUUUUAUCCACGUUUGGAUUAUCAAACAAACAUGACACAAGCUACAAGUGCUGUAAAUGAAACAAAUACAAGCAUGCAUAUGAAGGCAUUAGCUUUAAAGUAUCUAACUGACGAACAACUUGCUGAAUUAGCAGUACAAAGGCAAGGUGCAUCAGUUAAUCAUCUCAUGGUUAGCAAUUUACAAGGAACAAAUAUGUCUUUUGCCACAAUGCAUUAUUUACAAAGAUAUCAAUUAGUUCCAGGAAAAAAUAAUGUUCAAACAGAAGAUAUUAAUGCACUACAAAAUGAAAUGCCUCCAAAGGCAGACUUAAAGGUUACAAAUCCAAGAAAUAGUCCAAAACAACGUCUUCCAUUUAGUCAAACACCGCGAACAACCUGUCCCAGUAAGAUUUUAGAUAUUUCUGCUUUAAAACAGCAACCUAAACUCUUAUAAACAAUUAACAAAUUAAAAUUAUAAUUUUAGUAGUCCUUAAAAUUUUUAACUUUUUGAUUGUUAAUCCCUAUGCUUUAAUCACUACUAUUAAGAGUUUAUAUCUGUCAAUUGUAUUUCUUGAUCAACUAAAAAUAUAUGUUCGUGAAUACAACUAAACACUUUACUAUUUGUAAGCAAUCAAAGGGUUAAAAAUAUUCGUAUUCAAAAGAGGAUAUCUUUACAGUAUACAUUAUAUUAUUUAUUUCUUAU